UUUGCGCGGGGUCAGGUAUCGCGGGACGCCGGACUGCGACUCGCCCCGUUCCGCCUGCGUCUAUCCGCUUCGGUAAAGGGCGCUACUGGUCGUGAGAGUACCUUAGUCUGUUCCCACUCCGGAUUCAACUUAUUGCGUAGUCAUAUAUCACGAUCGUCUGUUUCAUUUACUGUCUCCGCGCUCGCGAUAGACGGGAUGGGCGGUUCGGAGGCGCGCAAGCGCAGUGGCUGCGGCAGCGCUUCCGGGACGGCGCUAUGGGACUUUUUUGGCGCGAGUGCGGCCGGCGGCCGGGAGGGCGCGGCCCGUGCUCCGUGUUUUGGGUCCCGGCGGCGCCAUGCGCUACAACGAGAAGGAGCUGCAGGCGCUGUCCCGGCAGCCGGCCGAGCUGGCGGCCGAGCUUGGCAUGCGGGGCCCCAAGAAAGGCAGCGUGCUGAAGCGGCGACUGGUGAAGCUGGUGGUCAACUUCCUUUUCUACUUCCGGACGGACGAGGCCGAGCCCGUCGGAGCCCUGCUGUUGGAGCACUGCAGAGUGACCCAGGAAGAGCCCAGCGGCUUCUCCAUCAGCUUCAUCGAGGAUCCGGAGAGGAAGUACCACUUUGAGUGCUGCAGCGAGGAGCAGUGUCAGGAGUGGAUGGGGGCUCUGCGGCGCGCCAGCUACGAGUUCAUGCGGAGAAGCCUUAUUUUCUACAGGAACGAGAUCCGGAAGAUGACUGGCAAGGACCCCCUGGAGCAGUUCGGCAUCUCCGAGGAGGCCAGGUUCCAGCUGGGUGGCGUGAAGGCCUGAGGGCGGGGUGGACUCUCCAGCUUUCCCGCCGGGUUGGAACACGCGCGCCCGUCCUCACCGGCCCCGGGCUUCCUGGGACUUCAGAAACCCAGCAUUGGUGGAGGUGGGUGGGGGCAGGUUGGAGAAACCACCCAGUAACCAACCACCCCCAUCCUGGUGCCUCCCCCCCCCCCCCCCCGGGACUGGUCUGGCACCUAUUGGUGCCACAUGCUGCUACCGGGGGACAAGUGCCCCCUCCCAGAAGCUGUGCCCAGCCCUUGGAUGCAUCCAUCCGGGGCCUGGCGGCACCUGAGGCUGGUGCAGCCCUCCUGCCCUGUGCAGGCUGAAUGUACGAAGUUAGAUGAUGCUGUGAAGGGCGCGGGGCCCGUGCCUCCUGGAGCCACUGUGAAUUCUACGCCUGCUGACGGGGCCCUGGCUGGGCACCCGCCGGCAGGAGGCUGGAGGCGCUCGGGCCGAUGCGCUUGUUUUGUUCUAAUAAAGGUACCUCUUUUCCAUGUGG